AUGGGAUCCCUCCAGACGAACAGCGGCCCCCUCACGCCAACCCUAUCGAAAACCACUAGCGACGCCGAAAAGCCUCAGGAUGUCGACAACGUCGCAGAGAAGGAGAACGAGAGCGGCGGCGCGCCCUCCCCAGAGCCGCCUACGCCUUCCCUAGAGCCUUCUUCACCUGAGCCUGAAAAGCCCCAUGGCCUCCAAAUGAUCCUCAUCAUGUCCGCCGUCCUGAUGACCCAAUUCCUCGUCUCCCUCGACCAGACCAUCGUCGCGACCGCCAUCCCCCGCAUAACCGACGAAUUCCACGGCCUGGACAAGGUCUCCUGGUACGGCUCCGCCUACUUCAUGACCUUCAGCGGCACCCUCCCGUGCUGGGGCAAAGCGCUCGUCUACUUCCGCCUCAAACACAUUUUCCUGCUCGCCCUCUUCGUCUUCGAGCUGGGCAGCCUCAUCUGCGCCGUCGCGCCCAACGCCAACGUGCUGAUCAUCGGCCGCGCCAUCGCCGGGCUCGGCUGCUCCGGCGUCGGGACCGGCGCCUUCCUCUUCGUCGCGCUGGCCGCUGCGCCGCGCCGCCGCGCGAAGCUGCUCGGGCUGGUCAUCUCGACAUACGGGAUUGGGGCGGUGUGCGGCCCGCUCAUCGGCGGCGGGUUCACCGCCAACGUCAGCUGGCGCUGGUGCUUCUACAUCAACCUGCCCAUCGGCGGGCUGGCGGCGCUGUUUACGGUGCUGUCGUUCAACGUGCACGUCGACCCGUUGCCCGCGCGCUUCAGCGAGAAGGUCCUGCAGCUCGACCUCGGCGGCGCGGCGGUGCUGAUGGGCGGCAUCAUCGCGUUUACGCUCGCACUGCAGUACGGCGGGCAGACGAUGGCGUGGGACAGCAGCGUCGUCGUCGGGCUGCUCGUUGGGUUUGUGGCUAUCUUCGCGGCGUUUUUCGCGUGGGAGGUGUGGCAGAGGGAGCGCGCGAUGCUGGUGAUGCGGUUGUGUGCGCAGCGCGCUGUGUGGGUGGGGAGUGCGUUUCAAUUUUUUUAUGGGGCGUCGUAUUUUGUUGGGUUGUAUUACCUGCCUAUUUAUUUUCAGAGUGUGAGGGAUGUCAGCCCGUCGGAUUCCGGGGUCAGGAAUCUGCCGUUGGUGUUGGCGUUUGGGAUUUCGUCGAUUACGGGGGGAUUGGCGCUGUCGAGGUAUGGGUAUGCGGUGCCGAUGAUGGCGGGAGGGUCGUGUUUGGCGACGGUGGCGUGUGGAUGCUUUUAUACGCUUGGUGGGAGCACGACAACGGGGCAGUGGAUUGGGUUCCAGAUACUGGCGGGCGUGGCGUGGGGGGUUUGUUGGCAGUGUACGAUGGCGGUAGCGCAGGAAGGUCAGAAACCAGAACACUUACCCUCCAUCACCUCUAUCAUUCUUCUGUUCCAGAUCCUCGGCGGCGCGUUCGGCAUCUCUAUCGCGCAGUGUGCGUUCAACAACACGAUGAUCCAAAAUGCCCUUUCGAAUUUGCCGGGAAUCGAUGCAAGUUUGUUGCUAGGCACGGGCGCAACGGAGAUCAGGAAAGUGUUUUCGGCACAGGAAAUCGAUGGGAUAGUGGAUGCGUAUAUUGCUGGGCUCCGGGUUGUCUGGGGACUCAUGGUCGGCUUUGCGGGUUCUGCCUUUGUCGUUGGCUUGAUGAGCCACUGGAGGAGGCUUUACCAGGAUCCGGAUUCGAAGCCCGCGACGCAGCACAUGGCCUAG